AAUUUGCUCUCUAAUCCACACUCCACACCGUCAACACGCUCGGAAGGUUCGGAAGACAAGAAGUAACGAAGUUACCAACAUGGCAACGUACGCCGACAAGCUCGCUCCGCAUCUAGCCCGAAUCCGAACUCCUGGACACGCGGACAAAGUUUAUAAAGAUGAGUGCGUCUUCUCAUUCGACACACCAGAAUCUGAAGGAGGCCUCUAUGUGUGCCUGAACACUUUUCUUGGAUUUUCCAAGAAGUUUGUCGAGAGGCGUUACGCAAAAACUGGAAACGCUGUCUACCUUCACCUGAAAACCGUGAAAAAGGAGGUGGCGGAUGACACGCCGGCGGCGAAGAGGGUUGCGCCUCCCACGAAGCUGGCCAUCGGUGUGGAGGGAGGUUUUCCUCUUGACCAGGGCAAGAAGUACGAAUAUGAACAUCACAACUCUCUCGUCAUUUUUCCAAACUUUGACUUGGUUCCCCUGCCAAACACACAACUCCCCGAAGUGGUGCAGCUUUCCGUGGCAGCCGUUCUGGCGGCCGACUCUGCCGGUGUAGUUAAUGAGUUGGAAGCUUUGGCUGGAACAUGGGAUGGAGAGAAGAGGGUGCCAUCAAAACACAGUGACACAUUGGUGCAGUUAGACAAUGGCGUGAAAGUGGCACCAACAGGCUGGAAAUGCGAGAAGUGUGACCUCACAGAGAAUCUGUGGAUGAACCUAACAGACGGUGCCAUUCUUUGUGGCCGGAAGCACUUUGAGGGCACUGGCGGCAACAACCACGCACUUGAACACUUUAAGAUUACUGGCUACCCACUUGCUGUAAAGCUUGGAACUAUCACACCAGAGGGUGCUGAUGUGCACUCUUAUGAUGAGGAUGAUAUGGUCAUCGAUACCAACCUCACCAAGCAUCUUGAGCACUUUGGCAUAGAGAUCGCCAAGAUGAGAAAGACGGAAAAGACUAUGCUGGAGCUGGAGAUAGACCUGAACCAACGACAGAGCGAGUGGGCGAUGAUCCAGGAGGCUGGCAGCAAGCUGACGCCGCUGUUUGGUCCAGGUUACACUGGCCUGGCCAACUUGGGAAACUCUUGCUACUUGAACUCUGUCAUUCAGGUUGUACUGAGCAUCCCGGAGUUCCAGCACAAGUACUAUGAUGACGCAAAUCGGACAUUUGACACUGCCUCUUCGGACCCUGCUGAGAAUUUUACAGUUCAAAUGACAAAGCUGGCAGUUGGCAUUCUCUCAGGGGACUACUCUAGGCCGCCUUGUGAAGGCACUGACCAAUCUGAGCCAAAGCUUCUUCCUUGGAACCGCUUUGGUGGCAUCGGCUCAGAGGAUGACGAUGCUGACACGUUUGAAGGUAUUUUGGGAAGCUUACACCUAACAGCUACGACACGCUAUUGCUUUCGUCUGGCUGCUUUCUUGGCUGCUGCUGUCAGCCGAAAAAGUAAGGAACAAGAAGGUAUCAAGCCAAUCAUGUUCAAGACCCUGGUUGGCAGAAACCACCCAGAGUUCUCAACCAAGCGACAGCAGGAUGCACAGGAAUUCUUCUCGUACUUCCUUGAGCUUGUUGAAAGGAACUGCCGAAACGAGAUGAAUCCUGCAGACUGCCUCAAGUUUGAGGUGGAAGAACGCAUCCAGUGCACAGAAUCGGGAAAGGUACGCUACACUAAGCGUACAGACUGGCUGCUUCCACUGCCGGUGCCACUUGAGUCUGCCACCAAUAAGCAGGAAGUGGAUGCUUACGAAAGUGAGAAGGAAGAGCGCCUAAAAAAUGAUGGGAAAAAAGAUACUGAACCUGUUAGGUCAAAGAUUCCACUCUCUGCUUGCCUGGAUGCCUUUGCCAGCACUGACUUGAUCAGUGAUUUCUUCAGCACAGCUGUCAACAAGAAAGUGACUGCAGAAAAGACCACCAGACUUCGCACGUUCCCCGAUUACCUUAUGAUACAGCUGAAGAAGUUUGCCCUUGGUCAAAACUGGAUUCCAAAGAAGUUAGAUGUUGAGAUGCUAAUGCCUCAUCGGCUAGACCUGUCUUUCUUGCGGGGAAGUGGUGUUCAGCCUGGAGAAGAGUUGUUGCCUGAGCCUAAGCAGACAAAUGAAGGCUCCACGCAGACUGUGGAACUGGAUGAAGCCUUGGUGGCUGCGCUUGCUGACAUGGGCUUCCCAUUGGAGGCAUGCAAGAAGGCUGUGUUCUUCACACAGAACUCUGGCAUUGAAGCUGCCACAAAUUGGGCCAUGGAACACUUGGAUGAUGCUGACUUCGGUGAUCCUUUUGUGCAACCUGGUGCCUUUCAGGCAAAUGCAGAAGCGCUGGCCACAAUUGUGUCGAUGGGAUUCUCCAAAGAUCAGGCACUGAAGGCUCUCAAGGCUACGGAUAACAAUCUCGAGAGGGCCAUUGACUGGAUCUUCAGCAGAGCCGAUGAACUUCAGGCAGAAAGCCAAGAUGUUGCUAUGGACACAGAAAGUGCUGGCCCUCACAUCAAAGAUGGCCCUGGAAAUUACGAGCUGGUGGCAUUCAUUAGCCACAUGGGUGAGUCUACCAUGGUGGGCCACUAUGUCUGCCACAUCUUCAAGGAUGGCCGUUGGGUCAUCUUCAAUGACAACAAAGUGGCCCUGUCCGAGAACCCGCCCAAGGAAUUUGGCUACUUGUACCUGUACCGGCGGGUGCCUGACUCAUGACUAGAUGGACCCUCACCGAAGCGAGCCAGAGUCGAGGACACCACUGCAGCAUCUGUGGCAGCAUCGAGCAAUGUUAUUUGAGUUGCAGGCCCGCUGCACUGCCUGUCAUUGGAAGCAGUGGACUUGACCAGUGAAUUGAAAAUGUGUGUUUAUUACAGUUUGAUUUUGCGCUGCUUUACUUUUGUGCAUUUUUUUCUUUUCGUGUUGUUUUGAGACCAUGUUUUCUACAUGGUUUAAUGUUGUAGAGUUGCGCCAUAAUAUAAAGAAACAGCUUUCUCAAAUUGUCAGAGUUGUCUGAGGACAUCCAUCCAAGUGAAAUAAUGGUUGUUGCGUGAUGCUUUGUGUUCCAUCAGGGAUGAUUUUGUUUUGUAACAGUGGUGUUGAAGAAACUUUGGUUUUGUUGCAGUGACAUGUGCAGAGUUUUUUUUUUUCUUUCUAACUAUGUGAUGAACGUUCGGUUAUGAAGGCUACUUUUCAGCAACUUUGUGCUGAGACACUUACAGAGCGAAUGUAGCAGUGUUUAGACAUCGAAAAGCUUUGGUAUUGUUUGCAGUAUGUGGCUACGGAGCUGCUUGUGCCUUUUAAAAAUGUAGUUCUGAUGGAGAAACAAGCAGGUGUAAAUUAAGUAAAAGAAAUUGUUGUACUCGAACAACACUUAAGUAUGACAUCAAAGGAUGAGCUCACACUUUUCUACACUUGUACAUACACUAGUGUGCGGUCACUUUCAUUGUUGGUUUCAUAUUCUCAUUGUUUGUUUACCUUCAAGCAUUGACCACAAUGUUUCAUGGUGUUGAAUUUUUUCAUGGUCACCAACGAGGCACAUACUAUUACUUUCUAGAUCUGCUGCUACAUCUGCGAUCAUGUAAGGUAGACUGCCAUUUGAAUAAACCAAAGUUUGCACACUUC